AUGAUUUUCAGUGUGGUGACAAAGUUCUACCAGCACAUCCUUGCCCUGGUGUUUGCUGUUGAUGAGAUCAAUGAGAAUCCCAAGAUCUUACCCAACAUCACUCUCGGAUUCCACAUCUAUGACAGCUACUCCAAUCCAAGAAUGGCCUACCGCACCACUCUGGACCUGCUCUUCAAGUCACAUCAAUUUAUUCCCAACUACAAAUGUGGCUUUCAGGAAAAUGUAAUAGGAGCCAUCGGGGGAAUGAGCUCUGAUACGUCUUCACUCAUGGCAGAAAUAUUAGGUCUUUACAAGAUUCCACAGAUUUCAUAUGGCUCAUUUGAACCAGAAGUGAAGGAUCAAAUCAAGUUCCCUUCCUUUUACCGAUUGGUCCCCAAUGAAGCGCUCCAGUACAAGGGAAUUAUCCAGUUACUUGUGCAUUUCAGAUGGAAUUGGGUUGGGCUUAUCACUACAAAUAAUGAAGGUGGAGAACGUUUCUUGAAGACCAUAGAGCCAAUGCUUUCCAGUAAUGGGAUCUGUUCAGCAUUCUCAGAAAGAGUUCAAUACAAUCUGCAUUUUUCAGGUGACAUAUUUGAUAUGAUAGAUGAAACAAGGAUUUUUUUACCACCUUUCCUGAUGAACAAAGCCAAGGUUGUUAUUAUAUAUGGAGAAAGUGUAAUUAUAUGGUUGGAAAAUGUUCUGAGGAUAGCCAGGAUGUUUCUGCAGUUAUUUCCUCAAUACAAAAAGAUGGUCUCUACAGCAAAAGUGUGGAUUACGACAGCUCAGAUUGAUUUCACAUUAAAUAUAUUUCAGAAAGUCAUUGACACUGAUAUACAAAUGUUCCAUGGUGCUAUCUCAUUUGCAAUUCAUUCAAAGGAGCUUCAGGGGUUCCAAUACUUUCUUCAGAGUGUCCACUCAUUCCUUCAGAGGAUCUCAUUCAACAACAGUGCUGGUGAUGGAAUUACAUUUAAUGAGCAAGGAGAAUUAGCAGCUGGAUUUGAUAUCACAAACUUGGUCACAUUCCCAAACCAAUCCUAUGUCAGGGUCAAAGUGGGAAGACUGGAUCCUCAGGCUCAUCCUAGCAAAGAGCUCACCAUUGAUGAGAACAGAAUCAAGUGGCACAGAGUCUUGACUCAGGUGCCCCCUCUUUCAGUAUGUAAUGCCUACUGUCCUCCUGGUUAUGGAAAGAAAAAGAAGGAGGGGAAGAAAUUUUGCUGCUAUGAUUGUGAUCCAUGUCCUGAUGGGAUGUUCUCAAAUGAGAAAGAUAUAAAAACUUGCAUCAGUUGCCCAGAAGAUCGGUAUCCAAACAAAGAAAAUGAUAACUGCAUUCCUAAGAUACUAAUUUUUCUAGCUUUUGAUGACACUUUGGCCAUCAUAUCAAAUUUCUUUGCAUUCCUAUUUUGUCUGGUCACAGCUGUGGUGCUUGGCAUCUUUAUUAAGCACAGGGACACUGCCAUAGUGAAAGCCAACAACAGAAGUCUCACCUACAUUCUCCUCACCUCCCUCCUCUUGUGUUUUCUCUGCUCUCUGCUGUUUACUGGAAUGCCUAAUAAGGUGACCUGCCUUCUCCGACAAACAGGUUUUGGCAUCAUCUUCUCUGUGGCCCUCUCUAGCAUAUUGGCCAAAACCAUCUCUGUAGUUUUGGCAUUCAUGGCUACCAAACCAGGAUCCAGGAUGAGGAAGUGGUUGGGUCCAAAACUGGCUCAUUCCAUUGUCAUCUCCUGCUCCAGUAUCCAAGUAGUGAUAUGCGUUCUCUGGCUGGCAACCUCUCCCCCAUUCCCAGUUUUGGAUGUGCAUGCAAUGACUGAAGAAAUUGUGCUGUUGUGUAAUGAAGGGUCACUCGUCAUGUUCUAUUGUGUUUUGGGCUACAUGGGCUUCCUUGCCACUGUCAGCUUCAAUGUGGCCUUCCUAGCCAGGAAGUUACCAGACAGUUUUAAUGAAGCCAAAUUCAUUACCUUCAGCAUGCUGGUCUUUUGCAGUGUUUGGUUGUCCUUUGUUCCAAGUUACCUGAGCACGAGAGGAAAAUACACGGUGGCUGUGGAGAUCUUCUCCAUCUUGGCUUCCAGUGCUGGGUUAUUGGGUUGCAUCUUCUUUCCAAAAUGCUACAUUAUUGUGCUGAGGUCUGAGCUAAACACCAGAGAGCAGCUAAUACGAAUAAAAUAA